CUGCCGGUCAUUCCUAUGUUGGCAGCUGUGGAACAAGUGGCCACUUGUCCUCCUGCUCUCCCACAGAUUCUUCACCGCCCCAGCCCCAUGGUCACCGGCUCUCACACUCUGAUACACUGAGCUGAGACAUGGCCACCAGGUUCCACCACAGCAGAGCCGAACACUUAGACCGCUCGCCCCGCUGGGUAACGUCAGCUGUGAGAACAAGAUCCUCGGCUGAGGGGAGCUCAGUGACUCAUGGCUUCAGACCUGAGCCUGGUACAGGAGGUCGAAGGAGGAAAAGGGAAGAAGGCAAGAGAGUGUUAUUUGGAAAUGAGAUGAAGAAAGUGGACGAAAGUUAUUACAAGGCUCGGAAAAUUCUGUUAGCGCCGUCUGAUCACAAAGCGAUACGUGGCAAGGUGGAAAAAAGAAUGGCGGAGGAGAAGAAGCAUCGUGAAGACCUGGAUGCCCAUGGGCCGGAGUUUGUGGUGUUGCUGAGACCACACACCGUGUGGGAAAAGAUGAAUGUUACAAUGUCCUGCAUCGUGCAAGGAGCCCCAUCGCCCACCGUCACAUGGUUCAAGGAUGGAAUUCCCAUCAAACCAUCAGACGCGCCUGGAAAAUACACAAUUGAGAACAAAAUUGGUUUACAGACACUGGAGAUUAGCAGGUGCAGCCCACUGGACUCUGGCCAGUAUUCUGCUUUGGCCUCAAAUACCCACGGCGAGGCAUCAUCCUACGCCACGAUCCUUGUGAACAAAUACCAAGGCUCAGACGCUGGAGAAUCCGUCCGUCUAGACUCCGCCCAGCCAGUGCCUGACGUGGACAUCCUCGAUGGGUUUGCAGCAUCGUUCCCCAAGGAGGGCGGCUCUCUGACGCUCAGCUGCUGCUUCUCCACACCCCUCAACGGGCAGUCAGGAGAGGUCAUCUGGCUCCGUGAUGGCGCUCUGCUGAAGGAGUCUCCUUUGGUGAAGAUUGCCACAUCUGCUCACAACACCCAGCUCACUCUCGCUCACGUCUACAAGGAGGACGAGGGGUUGUACACUGUCUGUCUCUUCACACCGACCGGGUGUAAGGAACACAGCGGAUACGUGUUUGUCAGAGAUGCGGCUGCGGCAGAGCCCGGGGCAGCGGGAUCGCCUCUGGACGUGGAAUGCCGGAAUGUUGACCGGGAUUAUGUCCUCGUUGCCUGGAAACCACCGAGCGCUGAUGGAGGCAGCGUGGUGAUCGGCUACCUCAUCGACAGGAGGGAGGUGGGGACUGAGGAGUGGGUUCAGUGCAACCACAUCCCGGAGAAGAUGUGCAAGUUUCCAGCCCUGGGUCUGUGCGAAAACCACACGUACCAGUUCCGUGUCCGAGCCGUGAACGGAGCGGGGAUCAGCCGUGCAUCACGCGUGUCCGAGCCCGUGACCGUGACCGACCGCACAGCAGCCAGCAGGAUCAUGCGGAUAUGGACGGAUCGGGGUGAGAUCGUGGUGACCAAAGAUGAGCUUGAAGGAUAUGUGCGCGUCCCGCUACCUCCGACCCAGCUCCGAGUGACCGAGGUGGGACAGACGUUCGCUGCCCUUGGCUGGAAUGAGCCGGACCCUCGAGGUCGUGAGCCCCUCACCUACUGCGUGGAAAAGUGUGUGGUGGGCAGUGAGAGCUGGCAGCAAGCGAGCAUGGGCAUUACCGUCAGCUGUCCAAGGUUUGCGGUGACUGAGCUGGACAAGGGGAAGGUGUACACCUUCCGAGUGAAAUCUGUCAACAAAUACGGAAUCAGUCAGCCAUCAGCACCUUCCCAGGGCAUUUCAUUUGGACAGAUACCAGCUGCCCCCUGCUGUCCACACAACGUUGUACCUGUCCGUGACUCCAGGACGUCAGUGCAGCUCCUGUGGGAAGGGCCUGAAGAUGAAAACGAACUGAUUGGUUUCUACAUUUACGCUUGCCAAGUUGGGACCAACAACUGGGAGAUCUGCAACAAUAAACCAGUCAAUACAAACAGAUUCACCGUUCACGGCCUCAGCCCACGGAAGGAAUACGUGUUCCGUGUGAAGUCCGUCAGCCCCGCUGGUCUCAGCGACUACUCCAUGGAAUCCACACCGAUCAUUGUCGACAACAGCAUCUCCCUUCCAUCCGCUCCCUACGGUCUGACGCUACUGAGCUCAGGAAAGAGGGAGAUGGUGAUUGCCUGGAAGAAGCCCAAAUUCCCGAUCGGCCCGGAUAUCCUGGGCUAUUACCUGGACUUCUGCGAUGCUGCAGUGGCUGAGUGGCAUGAAGUGAAUAUUAAACCCAUCAAGGCCAGAGUCUAUAAGAUGGGGAAUCUAACCGAGGGCCGUUUCUACGAGUUCCGUGUCUUUGCCAUGAACUGGGCCGGGGUCGGCCCUUCCUCAGCCGUCAGCGAUCAGUUUAAAUGUGAGCAGUGGACCACACCUCAACCAGGGCCCCCCUUCCACCUGGAGUGUACUGAGGUCCGCAGCAGCUCGCUGCUCCUUCACUGGCAGCCCCCCAUCUACACUGGGAAGUAUGACGUAACCGGCUACCUGCUGGAGCUGUGCGAGACGGAGGGAGGAGAGUGGAGAGCCAUCAAUGAAAAGCCAACACCCAGCACACACUUGAGGGUUUCUCCCUUGGAAGAAGGCAAGACCUACAUUUUCCGAGUGUGUGCGUUGAACUCGGCGGGGGCCGGCGUUCCGUCCCUGCCGUCCGACCCCGUUUGUGCUUUAACCAGACCAGGGACCACGGAGAUGGGGACUGGCGUGGAUGAGGAUGGCAAUGUGUUCCUGCUUUUCCAGUGCCCUGAGGUCACGGACACAUCAGAGUUCAUUUGGUCCAAGGACGAGCAGGAAAUCGCAACUCCUGAAAGAGUGCGGGUUGAGACGGCAGGAGACGUGUGUAAGCUCAUCCUCGUUGACCCAGGGGCUGCUGACCUGGGCAUGUACAACGUACAAGUGACUGGUACUGAUGGACUUUCCUCCAGUCACGCUUUAACUAACGAAGAGCUGCAAAAGCUGAAGGAACUGAGUCACCGGAAAAAACACCCAGUCAUUGGUGUGAAGUCCGACUGGGCUGUGGAACUGCUUGACAAGGGCAGCGUACGCCUCUGGCUACAGGUGGAGAGUCUGUCACCAGCCGCUCACCUGCAGCUCAUCUUCAACCAGAAGGAACUUUCAAGCAAUCCGACUCACAGAAUCAACUUUGAUAAAGCCAGUGGCCUUGUGGAGAUAAUUAUUCAGAACUUCACUGCAGCUGACCAGGGCUCGUACACGGCUCAGUUACAGGACGGAAAGGCCACGGGCCAGUUCGCCCUGGUCUUGAUCGAUGACAAGUUCCGGGCCCUUUUGUCAGAGUGCGACUUCCAGAGGAACGAGUGGAGGAGGAAACAAGGGCCUUAUUUCGAGAAGUACCUGUCCUGGGUGGUGACAGAUGACUGUGAGACCCUGCUCACCUGCAAGGUGACCAACACCAGGUGCCAGACCCAGGUCACAUGGAGCAAGGAUGGGCAGCCACUGACCCAGCCGACCUAUGACCCCAACACAGGCACCAGCGCCCUCGUAAUCCCACAGAUCACCAAAAAUGAAGAAGGAGUUUACAAAGUUGUGGUAUCUGAUGAGAGAGGAGAGGACACCAGUGUUCUGAAGAUACUUGAUCAAGUGUUUGACGACAUUCUCCGGGAAAUCUGCACUAUUGCUGGUUCUACAGCUUCGGAUCUAAAGUUGCAACCAAUGGCCGAGGGAAUAAAGAUUUACUCCUCACUGAAAUACAACAUGGACUAUAUGAAGAAAUCCUGGGCCUUAAACAAUAAGACCCUGGAGUCUCAGGACAGGAGGAGGAUUGGAUCAGAUAAUCAUGAGGUUUGGCUUCAGAUCUUCAACCCGACAGAAGCAGACAAGGGAAAGUACACGCUGGAGAUGUUUGUGGGGAAACUGACACACAAACGCGAGCUCAACUUAUCACAGAAAGUGUUUGAUGAAGCUAUUGCUGAAUACCAAAGGCUGAAGCAAGCAGCAUUUGCAGAGAAAAACAGAGCUAAGGUGGCCAAGGGUCUCCCCGAUGUUGUUAAUGUCAUGGAGAACAAGGCUCUGUACUUGUCCUGUACUCUCUCCGGAGAUCCUUCCCCUGAGGUUUGUUGGCUGAAGAACGACAAGGAGGUGGUAUCCAGUGACAACUGUCAGGUCACAGUUGACAAAUCCUCCGUCACUUUCAGCAUCCAGAAGGUCACGUCUCAAGACUCUGGCAGAUACACUCUGUUGGUCAAGAAUAAGUAUGGCUCAGAAUCUGCUGUCAUCACUGUUGGCGUGUACAAGUGUGGUGAAGAGGCAGCAAAGCAAUAACUGCCCACAUUUGUUACAAACAUCCAUAUCUGGAUCAGUGAUAGAGGUGGAGUGAAGAUUAUUCAAUGUCACAUGUACCAACAACAGAACAGUACAAGUCUUACUUCCUGCAGAUCAAUAGGUCCAUAAACACACAGAUAAAUAUCUAAUAAUCAAUGUUGCAAUAAAUUAAUAAACCUAACAAAAUAGCACAGAAGUCUGCAAUGCAACCGAACACACAGUCCUUAGAAGAUCCUCGCUGCUGAGGUUAGUGUUGUGGUGUCUUCAAGAGACAGAUGAUUGCCGGCUCUUGAAUUCCAAUAGAUAACAUUUUAGUUUGUGGUGCUGUUAAUGAUUUAAUUAUAACGUUAGUUAAUGUA